AUGCUAAUGUUUGUGAAGCAGGACUCAGUUUUGAAAGUGAGGAAGCAACCAAAGCAUUUGUUGAGAAGCAUGGCUGGCAAUAUGUGGGUCGGUAAACCCUGCCCUACUCUUUUCGACCCGAAUACGAACCAUUCCAACGGACCGCAGGCCUACUCUUCAGUUGUCUUCACCAUCGCGGCGGCGAUUUUUGGUUACCCUCUAGUUAUCGGUUAA